GCCAACAAAGACUGUCUUUUUUUCCCAAUCCUUGAGAGAGAAACUAAAGAAAAACCACCAUUGACGCCGAUUCUGUUCUUGAUUAUUCAUACCCAUCAUCGAAUUCAUCUCAAAAAUGAAGAAAGAUCAGACGAUUAAGCUAUUCGGAAAGGAGAUAAAUACAAUCUCCGGCGACUUCCCUGCCGGAAAAGACUGUAACUUUCAAACUCCGACACCGGCCGCCGCAGAAGAAGAACUGAUAGAAACUGAAAAGGAUCCGCCGUCAGGAAUAAUAGAACCAGAUUCAGUGGACAACCAGGGACAGGAAGAUGAAGAAGAUGAUGACGUGUCGGAACAACCUUCGGAUCAGAAAACCCUAAAGAAACCAGAUAAGAUUAUUCCAUGCCCACGUUGUAACAGUAUGGAUACGAAAUUCUGUUACCACAACAAUUACAACGUUAAUCAACCUAGACACUUCUGCAAGAGUUGUCAACGGUACUGGACUUCUGGAGGUACCAUGAGGAAUGUUCCUGUGGGUGCCGGCCGGAGAAAGAACAAGAACCCGGCGGUGGCGGCCGCCGCCUGUCGACACAUCACUGGUAGUAUUCAGAAUGGGACGACAGUCUUAUCCUUUGGGGCAGAAUCAAUGAAAGCUCCUAAUGAAAUCCACCCAAAUGGAACUCUAUUCUAUAGAAUCCAAAACAAUGGUGAAAAUGGAGAUGACUGUUCUAGCAGAUCUUCAGUUACUACUUCGAAUUCAAUUGAAGAAGGGUUUUCUAAAAACGGGAUGAUUCCUCAGAUUCCUUAUCCAUGGCCUUCUUAUCCUUACCCUGCGUUUUACCCUCCCAUGCCUGUUUUACCCACCCAUGUCUGGAAUUGCAGUUACCCGAAUCCAUGGGCUGGUACUAUGCCAUGGCAAUCAUACCCUACAACCAAUUCAACAGUACUGGGAAAGCAUUCGAGGGAAGGUGAUUCGUUGAUUAGACCGAAAACUACAAAUUCAGGGGUGAAGGAUCUUGAAGGAGCUAUUUUGAUUCCGAAAACAUUGAGAAUUGAUGAUCCAGAUGAAGCGGCUAAGAGUUCUAUAUGGACAACACUUGGGAUCAAGAACGAUAACAUUACCACCAACAGGGGAAGCCUAUUCAAGGGUUUCGAAAGGAAGGAUGGCGAGAAGAAUGGAAUUGUAUCACCCAAUUUAAUGGCGAAUCCUGCAGCCAUGUCAAGAUCGGUUAGAUUACAGGAAGGUGCAUGAAGAAGGUCAUGGUUUAAAAAGGCAGUUUGUAUUCAAUUCAAUUUCAACUAAGAUCUUAUGUUUGAGUGUACAUAUGUAGAAAACUGACAUGAAAGCAGAGUACUACUACAUCUAUAGAUUGUACCAUGUUUAAGGUUUCAGAUUGUUCAAUUAUGUAUACUUCCAAAC